CGGCGUGUCUUCAUUCAUUCAAUAUUAGCAGACGAGACCGCGCGUGGUCGAUACCAAAACGACAAGAUGAUUCUAAGUAGUGUCAACUUUGUUAAGACCAGCAGCCGACAACCAAAGUCACAUUUUGACUUCAGUGAUUUUAUUAUUGGGAAAAUUAAGGAGGAACAAGAAUUCAACGAUAGAUGCAACAAAUGCGGAUCCCCAUCAGAACAUACAAAGAAAACAGACAGUAACAAAUCGCCAGCACGAUCAAGCUAUAGCGAGAGCGUACGGAGGCGGAGUUCAGCACAAAAGGACAACUGUUCUAAUGUGACUGUGGAGACCAAGGACGGCUACGUCGUCAGUCUGUGCGAGGAACUCGACCGCAUUUAUCUUGGUGACGUCGAGGACCCCAAUAAUUCAAAUAUAUUCCGCCAGACUAAACACACACUCCAGGACGGAGAGACCAGCCAGGAAUUCUGCUCAUUUCGUCUCCACAGUCAGAAGGACCUGUAUCUGUCCGUGACCCCGGACCGACAGCUCGCUGUCCAACGGUCCGACACAGUCCCCGACCCCCAGCUUCCGGACGACAGGUGCUUCGUCCUGCACCCGGUCUCCAACGGCAGCGUGUUUAUACAGCCGUACCACCACAAAGGUUUUUAUCUACAUCAUCUCGACAAGGCCCUUUCGGUCCGGAAGUUGGAAAUUAACUGGAGACCCCCGGAAGAAUACUUCUUCAGCGUCGGGAUCGUGGAUGUGCCGGACCCCGAUGUUUUCGUCGCCCCAGAGGACGCCCCUGUCCAGAAAUCCACGCCCUUCAUAGAGGAGUCCUCCCCCGUCAAGCCUAGCCUAUUCUGGGGAUGUUUUGGCGGAAAGUCCAAGAAGCUGUCCUCCAAAAUCAAGAAAACAAUCAAACAGAACUCGCGCGUCUAGAAAUCAACGAAAAAAAAUGAACGGCGCUAAGUGAUAUACGCAACCUUCCAGGUGCUACUACAUAGAAUCAUUCCGAAUUAGCAAUUGACAACCAUGGACCAAGAUUUACACUGGCCCUAAUCAAAUAGUAAAGAAUCGACGAUGUCGGGUCUUAACAGACCCCCCCCCCUUUUUUACCCGUCCUCCUUCCCCUGACACAGUCGAUCGCCAGCGAUGACCUAUGACCCCCGUGGCUUGUUAGCCACGGCUGAAAUUAGGUGGUGGUACUAAUUUCGUGUGUGAUACCAUGACUGGCAUUAUUUACUAUGCUCAAAAAAAGGCCUUUGUACUAACUUGUAUAAUCCUUCCUCUCUAUCAUUUGACAAUCCGCCGGCAGUUCGGUGCAUUCUGUGUGUGAUGUGAAACUUCAGCCUCUUUUUUUUUGACUACUCAGUCUCUCAUAAACUAACUUUUCCUCUGAAAUCCAUUAAGAGGGAUAUGGUUUUGUUAAUUUAAAAAAAAAAAGCUGGGUUUAAUUUCCAUUUCUAGUCAUCGCUUGUGAGACAGUGCAAUAUAUGUAUUUAUUAUUUUAUUUAUUUAUUGUGAGUGUAUCUGUAGUAUAAGUAUGUUUUCAUCUUGGCAUGAAGACAUAUUUUAACUCUGUAAAAAAUGAGAGAAAAAAAAUGUAAAAAAAAAUCGAAACACUACACGUAGAAGGACAUUGCUAAGUGUAAAGAGUUGCGCGGGUCAGUUUUUGGCCAAGUGUGAAUUUGAUAUUUAAAGACAUUUUGUACAUAUCUGUAAAGUCUGUCAAAACAACAGACUAUGAGAGAUAUUUUGUUAUUUAUUCAGUUUGAAGUUUUAAUGGAAUGGGGGACUUUCUGUUUUGGAAGACUUCCCAUUUUUUUCUACCACCGAUAUUUGAUUUUGAGGUCUCCGCACGAGUUUGAUAUUUGUUUUGUUUUCUUUAAGUAAGAAAAUGUAUUUUGUUUUAUCAGUUGAGAAAAACUAUUUCAAUAAAAUUUAAAAAAUGAAAGAGAUAUUGA